AAAUGCACAUCUAUUGGUAAAGAAUUGUGUGCUAUAGUUUUUGACACCAGAAACAGAAACAUUUUGAGGAAGAAACCGGACACAUUUAAACAUGGAACCCAGAUUCUUCUUCCUGUUCCAUCCCACACCUUUUGGCCAGUGGCAGACCAGUGCAUCCCAUAGAAAUGAGUGCCCUACAUUUCGGUGCUGUGUUCUGUUCCUUCAUCAGUCUUCUGUGCCUGCUCACUGCCUUGGGCUCAGACUAUUGGCUAGCAGAUUCCGUCGCACAUUUGGGUCUAUGGAAAAUUUGUAAUCAGGAAAAAUGUCACUCACUUGGUGUGGAAUGGGUGUCAGCCGCUCUCCAUGCCAUCCGAACCUUCAUGUUUCUGGGGAUGAUCGCUGGAGCUGUCUCUCUCGGUGGGCUGUGCGUCAUGAAUAGUCAACCCAGACUUGCAUAUAUGGCCAGCUUUACUGCAGGCCUCUGCGUCAUGAUUGCCAUGUCCAUUUUCUCAGGAAGAGUUGCUUCCGCCAGCAAAUUUGGAUGGUCUUUCGGCUUGGGUUGGGCUUCUUUUCCUUUGUACCUUCUAAAUGGUUGUCUUACUUACAUAUUGUAUAAGAAUACAGCAACCACAGGGUAGGAGAAAUAUAACGCUGUCUUUGGAGAUGACCAGUGAAGCUGCGUUGGUAACCUGGAGGCACAGAUCAGAAUUAUUUGCCCUGCACCAAAUUUAUAAAUGAAAGGUGAAGGUAGAAGAAUUAGUUUCAAUGUAGAAAAACAGCCAUACAUUCCCAGCCCCUCCCCACCGUAUUUUUCUCUAUAAUAUUCUCCAUAGAU